AUGAAGCUUAUGUUUUUUCCGGUGACUAUAAUUGAAGAACUGCCUCAUAUAUUACUUUAUUAUAAUUUUUCACGAAAACAAGAUCGUUAUUUUUUAUCACCGUAUGAAGUUGAAAUUUGCAAACAUGGUUCACAAAGAACAGUUUGUGAUAUAAUACGUUCAUCAGAUUUUCUUUGUUGUCUACUCGAUAUUGAUCGACGAACAAUAUUAAAACAAAUGUCAACAAAUAUAAAUUCAACUAAUUCAACAACAAUGGAUAAUAAUUCAUCACCAACUAAUUUUGAAAAAUCUAGUCGACGUGCAUUAUCUUGUUCUACAACACCAACAAAUAUUAAUUCGAAUGAUCUUCUAUUAGAAAUGAUUGAACAACGAUUAGAUUUUAAACAUAGAUUUUGUGCUCUUGAUGUUGAUCAUAAUUCAUCAGUUUUAUGUAAUGCUAUUGGUUAUCCAAAUAUACUUAUUGAUAAAGAAUCAACAAAUGAAGCAAAUAAUAAUAUUGCUAAAACACAAAUAUAUAAAAUGCAUCUUCCACAUCGACAAUAUGUUCAUCAAUGGAUAUGUAUACGUGAUAUAGUUAAUGGUUUAAUAACAUGUAAUCAUACAAUUAAAUGUAAAAGUAUAAAUGAAAUUUUGAUUAAAAUGGAUAUUUGGCUUAAACAACGAAAUGAAUCAAAAAAUAAUCAAUUAAAAUCUGAAUCAUCAAUAACAAAAAUAACAAAUAUUAAAAUAUUUAAAGCAAAAGCACGACAACUGGUUUGGGAUUUAAUGGAGAUGAAAAACGAAGUUCGUUUUCCACGUCCAUCUCAUGGUCGAAUACCAAAUUUUCGUUAUUGUGAAUUAGCUGCUGAAAAUGUUACUAGUUUAGAUUGUUUUCAACGAGCACGUGUCAUCAAAAUAAAUCCAUCACUUGCACAAGAACCUCUUCGUUAUUUGACAUUAACUUAUAAUAAAGUACUUUUAACUCCGACACCUGCACUUGGUUAG